AUGGAGGAGAUCAUCUUCAAGUUCGCGGACCGCGCCGAGGUCCCGGGCUGGCUGGGCGUGGAUGUGCAAUCCGAGGUGAUCGCACGAAUCCUGGAGGUGAAGCCGGACCGUAUCCUGCUCGUCACCGAGACCACUGUGGAAGAGCUGCACGGGGACUACUUUGCACCCCUCGUGGAGGCCGACCUAGGAGGGCAUGGCUCGACCCUUUGGUGUCGGAUCCGGAUCGAUCUCAGCCGCUGCGCGCAGUCGGUGCCCAGCUGCGGCAGCGGCGACAACUUCUUCGCCGGCAACGUGCCGGUGGACAAGCAGCCCGGCAACCAGCGCCAUAUGGGUCGAAACUCAACCAGGGGACCGCAGAACAUGUAA